UAUGGUGAUCAGACAGCGGGGAGAGAGCGCAGACAGAGGAGAGGCUGUCUCUAACCCCCACACUGCAGCAGGCAGGCAGUGGGGAAUCCCUGCAGUCACACACAGCACUCUCCUGGCUGCACGGCGGCUCCUGCAGGUUGGGGUCUCCAGCAGCUGCCCCCCUACCCUACCCCAGCCUAUUCUACUGCACUCAACUCUAGAACAAAGUGCCCUUUAUACUGUCACCAUGGGAGCAGCACACAAGACCUGAGUCUCUCCUUCCUCUGCUUCCAGCUAUCCCCAGUCUGCAGUGGUCCCCAGACCCUUCUGCAUCAUGCUGCCCAGACCCAGAACCACCUUCACCCUCCAGCAGGACCCCCGUCAGAUCAUGGUCAGAAGCCCAAAGUCUCAGAGAAUAAGUAACCGCACAACCCAAGGUGUCACUCUGAAGUGCCUCCCAGGGGAACAGAUACAUGACGCACCCCUGAGGGUUAGGAAACGCAUACAUUUUAAAGAUGGCCACCAUGAUGUUUUUGGCACACUAUUCUGUACCAGCUACAGGAUUGCCUUCAGACCAGAUUCCUUCCAGUCCCCUCAGGAUUCCACCAGCGAGGUGUUAUAUGACAAUGAUAAUGACAUUGCUCUACCCUGCGCUGACAGGAUUUUGGCAGUGGACAGCCAAAGCAAGGUGAAAGCUGUCUCUGCCCCCUUCAGCCUGAAGUUUAUCCCGUCAGAACUGCUGAUCUAUAAUAGAGGGUUUCGGCUGAUGCACUUUCUCUUCGGUGACAAUGGCUUAAAGACUGAGGCCUAUAGUAUUACGAAAUCCAUGGUAAGGAACCAGCAGGUGAUCAUCUCAGUGGUCCAGCAGGAGGAGGCUAUGCUACGAAGUCUAGACAAGAGGGAGGGCGUGGCACAGAUGGACUACCCCACGCGUUUGUUUGAGUCUGCAGCUGACUGGGAGAAUGAGAUUGAAAGACUGGGAGCAACCGCCUGGAGAGUAACCCCCCUCAAUGAGCGCUGCGACACCUGUACUAGCCUCUCCAAGUAUUUUGUGGUUCCAUGUAAGCUCUUGGACAAUGACCUGAAAAAGACAUUUGCACACUUUCACCAGCGGCGCAUUCCCAGGUGGUCCUGGCAUCACCCUGGGGGCAGUGACCUACUGAGAUCCGCUGUAUUUCAAACCAACACAGACCCUGAUAAAGCGGAUUUGAGGUCCAUAAGAUCGUUGUUAUUUGCCAACCAUUCCCAGUGUGUGAUUAUUGACACCAACGAUGACCUUCCUUCUAUAGCCGAUAUCCAGGUUUCCUACCUCAAGCUGCGUGGCCUGUGCUCCUGUGAUACCUCUGCACCAGUGCCUGAUGAGAAAUGGCUGUCGUACCUGGAGGGAACACACUGGCUCGAUCAUGUUAGGUUGUGUCUGAAGAAAGCCAGCGAGCUGUCCGUCUUGCUGAGUGAAAGAAAUCGGUCGGUGGUCCUACAAGAACCUGAGGACCGGGAUAUAAAUUGUCUGCUGACGUCGUUGGUCCAGGUGAUACUGGACCCCCACACAAGGACUUUGUCCGGCUUCCAGAGUCUGGUGCAGAAAGAGUGGGUUUCAGCCGGACAUCCCUUCAUGCAAAGGUUUAAUCACUUCCGGAGAUCAGACAAGGAGGAAUCCCCCGUGUUCCCGCUGUUCCUGGAUUGCGUCUGGCAGAUUGUGCAGCAGUUCCCGGCCUCCUUUGAGUUUACAGAGUCCUACCUGAUGGCGUUACACGACAGCGCUUACAACCCCUUCUGCAGCACCUUUACACACAACUGCCACUGGGACCGAAUCAGAGGGAGCCAGCGGCACUCAUCCAGCCAGACCUACACCCCUGUGAAUGGCUGGAGAGACUUUGUGCGUGAAAAGAUAUUCCUGAACGGAGACUACAAGGCGGAGGAUGAGGUAAAGGCUGGCCCCACCACCGUUUGGGAAUGGAACCUCUUCUACAGUCGUUCGCGCAGGCAGCAGUUCCGGAAUCCCACGUAUCACCAAAUCAAGGAACAUGGUGUAUUAAAUGGCAAUGGGAUUAUGCACAAUGCUGACAAGAUGGAUGCCUCCAGUUCAUGCAGUAUCUACCUGCUGUCCAAGGGUUCUCUGGUCCUGCAAUCUCCGUUCUUCCCACGGAAGAGUGGCACAGUGUCAAAGCGAGUGGCUCGCCGAGCCCAGUCCUCAGAGAGCUUGCUGGAAGAGGAGAAGCAAUUUAGGAGCAACCUCUCCUCUGAACACAGCGCGGCGGACAUUCUGUCUCCCAUGUGCGUGGGGCCUUGGAUCAGGCUGUGGAAAAGAUGUUACUUGCGUUGUGCCACAGAGAUGCAGUGUGACAUCACCCGUCCCCCGGCAAGCAGCCUAGCCCAAGAGCUGAAGGUCCUUGAAGACAGACUGAGGAACCUUCAUGUAAAGAGCCAGGAUGGAAAACAUAAUGGUUCAAGCAAGACUGGUGUAAAUGGCUUUCCCCUCUCAUACUACAGAUAGCAGAGAUUGCCAGAGACUACAUGAUGACAUGACUAAACCAUGAGAAGAAACAUGCAAUGCUUCUCCAUGUCUUCAGAUGCUCUGUCAGUGGAGACCUGUAUAUUGUCUGUAUAUUGGCCCAGGAUAUAUAACUGUCUAGCAGGCCGUUUACAUCUUCAUGCGGAGAUACAAUGGAAUUUAAAGCUUAAACAAACACUGGGAAUGAGUUCCUCUGACAUUUCUUCCUCUGACAUUAAAAGGAAGAGGUCCUUCUGCCAUUCUAAAGAAACUAUUUGGAAACUGCUUGAAUGGCCUUUGCUGUCCAGUUGCUGAACCUGUAUCGGCUCGAAGUUGUCGAGGUGCAAUCCAGGAGCAGAUGUAGCAUCUAGCAUAGGUCGUCAAAUCUGUACCUAUACAGUGGUGGGAAAAGGUGCUUGCCUCCUUCCUGAUUUCUUCUGUUUUUGCAUAUUUGUCCAAUUAUUUCAAAUCUUGUAACAAAACUGAACAUAAGACCAAGGCAACUUGAGUAAACACAAAAUACAGUUUUUAAUCGAUCAUUUCAUUUAUUGAAGGAAAAAAGUUAUCCAACACAUAUAUCGCCUAUGUGAAAAAUAAAUUGCCACUCUAAACCUAAUAACUGGUUGUGCCACCUUGAGCAGCAACAACUGCAACCAAAUGUCUCCGAUAACUGGAGACCAGUCUCUCAAAUUGCUGUGGAGGAAUUUUGGCCCACUCUUCUUUGCAGAAUUUCUUUCCUCAGCCACAUUGGAGGGUUUCCGAGCAGAAACUGUCCCUUUACGAUCCUGCCACUGAAUCUAAAUUGGAUUCAAAUCAGGACUUUGACUAGGUCACUCCAAAACCUCAAUUUUGUUUUUUUAGUCAUUCAGAUGUCAGAUUGUUGUCUAGAUGCAUAACCCAAUUGGGCUUGAGCUUCAGAUACUGAUGACCGGAUAGUCUCCCUCAGAAUUUUCUGGUAGAGAUCAGAAUUCAUGAUUCCAUCAAUUACGGCAAAUCCCUGGGCAUCCUACGCCAUCACACUACUACCAGCAUGUGUGGUAGUUGGUAUGAUGGCCUUAUUGUGGAAUGCUAUGCUAGCUUCAUGCAAGAUGUGGUAGGACCCGUGUCUUCCAAAAAGUUCAAUUUUUGACUCAUCAGCCAACAGAACAUUAGCCCAAAAGGCUUGUGGGUCGUCAAUGUGUUUCUUAGUAAAUGUGAGACGAUUGUUCUCCUUGGCAAGCUGUAGUUUUCAUCUAUACUCACCCAUGUAUAACAUUUUUGCCCGGUCUAUUUCUUAUGGUGGAAUCAUCAACGCUGGUAUUAACUGAUGUGCGGCCAGCAGAUCCUUAGAUGUUUGAGUUCUUUUGUGACUUCCUGGAUGAGUCGUUGGAGGAAGUUUGGUAGGCCGGUCACUACGCUGAACUUUUACCACUGUUCCAAGUAUUCUCCAUUUGCAGAUACUAGCUCAAACUGUGGUUUGCUGGAGUCCCAGAGCCUUAGAAAUGGCUUUAAUUCACUUUGGUUCAUUGGUUGAAUGAGUAACUAAGGGGGCAAUUACUAUUUCACACAGGGCCAGUCGGUGUUGGUGUUUUUCCCAUCAGUAAAUGAAGUGAUCUGUGUAUUCUGUGUUUACUCAGGAUUUCUUCAUGUUAUAUUCAGUUUUGUUAGAAGCAAAAACUAGAAGGGGCAAACACUUUUUCACCCCAAUGUAUUUUGUUAUCUUUAUUUACUGAAUAUUUUUGAGGUGUUCUAUGAAUAUAAUAUACCAAAACUACCAUUAGUCCUAGGAAGGGCUCAGUCGCUUGACCACACAGAGAAGCACCCAUCAUUAUUUAUUACCCACUCACAUCCACUCUUCAGGGUAAUUUAUCAUACACACGCGAGGGCCAAUCACCCCAAGUGCAUUAAUGUAUACAAUACCGCAAGUGUUAUGGAAUAGAUAAGAACAGUUCAUUAGGUUUCUUGGAAUAUACAGCAAACUAUCCAACUUCAUACUCACUUCAACUUGUCAUGGUCAUACAAGUAAUGAGCUAAGCUAAAGCUGUGAGUGCCCACACUGACACUUGGGGUCCCAGGAUAAUCGCAUCUUGACACUUGGGGUCCCAGAACAAUGGCACACUGACACUUGGGGUCCCAGGAUAACGGCAUCCUGACACUUGGGGUCCCAGAACAAUGGCACACUGAUACUAGGGGUCCCAGAACAAUGGCACACUGACACUUGGAUUUCCCAGGAUAAUGGCAUCCUGACACUUGGGGCCUUAUAACAAUGGGAGACUGACAUUUGGGGUCCCUGAACAAUGGCACACUGACACUUGGGGUCCCAUGAUAAUGGCAUCCUGACACUUGGGGUCCCAUGAUAAUGGCAUCCUGAUACUUGGGGUCCCAGGAUAAUGGCAUCCUGACACUUGGGGUCCCAGAACAAUGACACAUUGACACUUGGGGUCCCAGAACAAUGGCUUUCUGACAUACAUGGUCACAGAACAAUGGCACACUGACACUUGGGGUGACAGAACAAUAACACGCAAGAUCACACAAUAGUGACACACUGACACACGGGGUCACAAUGACAAGUGGAGAGAUGACAGACCCCUGUUUGCCCAUUGAUCAGGCUCUGCAAUAAGCCUGGGAGGGCAUCUAGAGCAGACUGUACAGGCUGGGAGCUGCAUAUUGCUAUGGGCCCAGUCUUACUACUUGACUAGUAGUGUUAUUGCUGUCUCAUUUAAAUUAUACACAGAUUUCUCUUCCUAACUUGUACAUGAACUUUCAACUUUCAAAUUAGCUGUAUUAUGCUUCGUUGUAGUAAUUUAAGAGUCAACUUCAUUCUAUCCCGUUGUGUCAGGGCAUUGUGCCUUGUCUACCCACAGGACACCAUUACACAGUCUGUGAGGAAAUAAAAUGGCCGCCCAAUAGUACUGCUUGUUUGUUAUAUACUAAAAGCAGGAGGCUUCCCGUAAAACAUUAAGGGGUCUAUUAAUGAAACAGUUAAAGUGUGGAGAACUGAGUCAGUGGAGAAGUUGCCCAUGGCAACCAAUCAGUGCUUACGUAACAUUUCUAAAGUGCCUUCUAUAAAAUUUUAUGGAGCAGCUGAUUGGUUGCCAUGGGUAACUUCUCCACAGGCUCACUUCUCCACACUUUUCACUGCUUCAUGAAUAGACCCCUAAUGGCACAUUGCAGUCAUUUAAGCAGUCCUUCUUCAUGAUAUGCCUUGUAUGUAACACCAUAUGUGUCCCAUGAGAGGGGAAGGGGUAAAACCUUUUUUGGGGCGGGAUGUAAUGAAGUCUGAGUUUGGCGGCCGUUUGGGAUGCCGGACGAACUCAGAUGUUUUUUUAAAGGAGCAAAUAUGUACAAGGCAUGGUUUAGCCUUGUACAUGAUGGGCCCUUUAAAAAGAACACUUGCCAUCUGCGUUCAGCCGGCAUACCGCACCGCCACCAAACUUGGACUUCUUUACAUUCCAGCAUCCACCUUUCUUUGAAUAUUGAAUUGAAAGAAUGAAAUGUAGAUAAAAUGUGGAGAAAAAAACUUACAUUAAUUAAAAAAUGCUUCAAGACACGGAUAAAAAGCAACAUUUUAAGCAUUUGUAUUUUCGUGCAUUGAAUGCCCUGAAUGGCGACUGUCACCAAAGUCUCUUCAUAACAUCACAGUCGGGAUAUUUCAUCCUCUUCGCGCUCUGAUACUCGAAACCGUAUUGCGGGUCAGCGCUGCAUUGCUAACCGAUGUAAAACCCGUUAAAGCUUAUUUCAUAACAAUGUACCAAUAUUAAAAAAGAUCAACGCAUUUCUGAAAAGCGAUCUUUUUAUUAGAGCUUAAUUUGCUCCCACUAUACUACACCCACCCUCUUACUCUCCCAUUGCCCCCCUCCCGUCACAGCGCUGCCCUGAUCCCAUUAGAUUGUAAGCUCAUCACCAGGGCCCUCCCUACCCUUUGUUUUCAUGUCCGCUUAUUUUGUCCACUUGAAAUGGCUGUUCUAUGUAUGUACUGAUUCCAUCAAUAAUCACUGAUGAAGGACAAAUAUAUGCUGUAGCCAGCAACCUGGCAAACAUGAGCUUGUAUUAGUCUGACAGGAACAAGACAAAUCAGAGCUAUUCACACCCAAUUAAAGUAGGCCCAUUGCCCGCUCACAGCGGAGGCAGCCAUUUUGUGAGUAGAGCCCCAGUGUUUAUGAGGUGCAGACUUAUCAAUGGUCUAGGAGCUAGAGAUGCUUCUUAAGCUUAAAGCAUUUUGGGGUUGAUGCAGAGCUCAACGUACAUCACUUUGCGCAGCGCAUUGAACUUCAGUUUGCUCUGCGCAGGUUCAGCGUACCGAUUUUUGGCUCUCCAAACUUCCAUUGAAAGUAUAGGAAAAGGGGCAUGGCCACGCCCGUUUACCCGUGGCCAUGCCCCCUUUUCUAAUUUGUACCGAUUUUGGAGAGUCAUUCAGACCCGUUCGCACGCUGCAUUUUCUCGCAGCCGUGCGAACGGGUCUGAACUGCGCAUGCGUGCAGGCCGCAAUGCGCAGGCGCGUCAUUGCCUGGCGACGGGGGUCGCCGGAGAGCGACGGCUUCUACGAAGAAAGCGAUCACAGGGGCGAUCGCAAGAAGAUUGACAGGCAGAAGGCGUUCCUGGCCGGCAACUCACCGUUUUCUGGGAGUGUCGGAAGAAACGCAGGCGUGCCCGGCCGUUGCAGAGGAGGGUCCCUGACGUCAGCUGCUUCCUGGAUCAUCGCAGUAGGUGAGUUAGUCCUGGGCUGUGGAGAAACUGCACAAACUUUUGUUUGAGCAGCUCACUGCACAGCCCAUCGCACCCCUGCAAAGCCUUUACCCCCUCCCCCUGUAGGUGGCGAUUACCUGGUCGCAGCAGUGCAAAAAAUAGCCUUCGUAUGACCAGGGACCAGGUCUGAAUUACCCCCUUCAUGUGUAAAAUAUUGGAGGGUAUGCUAUACAUGAGGUAAUAUAUAUAUAUAUAUAUAUAUAUAUAUAUAUAUACACACACACAGUUCUGCAAAUGUGCGGAAAUGCACUAUAUUUUUGAGCCAACUCCAUGUCAGCCAUUUUGUGUCACAGAGAUGUCACUUUACUCCUCCCUUAUUAACGAUCUGUUUGUUGUUUUAAACCACAAUAUUGCAGUCUUUCUGGUCUUCUCCAGUAAUGUGAGCAAAUAUUCAGGGUAAGCUCCUGCUCCGGUUCUCUGUCCCCCAUAACAUCCUUCUAAGACCCCUUCACUGCGUAUAAGGCUUACGGCGGUACUGUCAUUUCUUUUCUCUGUGAGAAAGACGUCCAUAUAUUUAUCACAUGAAUUGGUCAUUGUAUGAGUUGCUCUGGGUGUGUUCCUGUAUACAAAUCUGAUAACGCAGAUAAGCCCUCGUAUGCCGAUUCCUAUGAUGUGAAAUGACGCGUACGUCCAUCUAAUGUUUUUUGAUCACAUGUAUAUUUUUGUAGUGAUGUAAAAGCUUAUUAAAGUAAGAUAUUUAUAAUAAA